GCGCGGCGGAGCGGGCGUGCGGGUCCGGCGGCGGGCCGGGAGUCAGCGCCCGGGGGUGGACGGUAGCUGGCAAGGCUCAGACGGGAGUGCUUCGCGACCGCGUCGGGGCUUGUCAGGGUACCGGUCACCAUGACAUCCCUGCGGCUGCUCAGAGCUCCCUUCCUGUGUGUCCUGCUCUGGGCCUGUAGUGCCCCGGGUGCCAGGGCCCAUGAGCACGGGGCUGGCAGCCAGCAUGGCGGCGUGGGUUUGGACAAGAACACAGUGCACGACCAAGAGCAUAUCAUGGAACAUCUAGAAGGUGUCAUCGACAAACCAGAGAACGAGAUGUCCCCUCAAGAACUGCAGCUCCACUAUUUCAAAAUGCAUGAUUACGAUGGCAAUAAUUUGCUCGACGGCUUAGAACUCUCCACGGCCAUCACUCAUGUCCAUAAGGAGGAGGGGAGUGAGCAGGCGCCAGUCAUGAGCGAAGAUGAGCUGAUGAACAUCAUCGAUGGCGUCCUGAGAGACGACGACAAGAACAAUGACGGCUACAUCGACUACGCCGAGUUCGCAAAGUCACUGCAGUAGACACCUCCGGCUCUUCAGUGGUAUGCGGACGUGACCCUUGAUAAUGUGAUGGAGCGUGUCUGUAAUGCACACAACUCAUUCCCAUCUACUGCUACCACCCCUGGGUAAGAGCCUGUGGCAGUUUGGUACACUGGGGUGGGAGGAAGCCAGAAGGAAUACCAGAGGGGAAGUGAAUAAUGGGGCAGGCCUCCGUCCCCAAGUGCUUUUCAACUUGUCGGACUAGUGCUGGGUGAGAAUCUUCCGAAGGGUGUUGGAUGUGAUUCCCAAGCUCUCAGGAACUUGACUGUCGAAUGCCACUCUAAUUUCUUGAUGUUAAUUCAUGCUACCUGAAAAGUAAAGACUGUCUGCUCUCUCUGUCAAGUGGAUACUGCUUAGUAACAGUGGAGGGAAAACAGGAAAGCGACAUGUUUUCCUAGUGGGUCCUGUCUCCAGGCAAGUGUGGUCAGUGUUCUGUUCCCCUGGCGCACGGCAUCACUUGCUUUGGGCAAGUGGCUAUAUGCUAGCGUAUAUUAAAGCCACAGCAUAAAGAGAAUGUCACCCAUUGAGUUCAGCCGGAUGCAGAGUCUUAAGAUUCUGUGUCCACUGGCAUUUUGGAGAUGAGACACCACUGGCCUAAAGAAUUAGCUUUUUUCAGUUCUUCAGUAUUUUAUACAACUACUGCCGCAGCCAGCCUGGGAGAGACCUUGAAGUUGAGAGUGUUCUCUGAUCAUAUCCACUGUUUGAGCGGUCCUUUCCUUGUAUUGCAUCCUUUCUUCCAGGGCUCCCUCCAUGGUGUAUGAACUAUUGGCUUGACAUUGCAGGGUUAAACUAUCAGCUGGUCUAGCCUGAGUGAGACCCUAAAAGAUCAGUCACUCAGAAUGGUGAUUAAGCUCAUCCAAGUUUUGAAGGAAUGUUUUAAAAAUUACCUCUUCGAGCCUGAAUACGAGAAUUCGUUUCCUUUCAGGGAAGAUCAGAAAAGGAAGCCUAAAGCUCUUUAGCAUUGUGAAUCUUAGUAGUAGCUGAACGAGAAGCAGCACAUGGUGUAAUUUGCUUUGUGGGAUGUGAUAGACACACUAUAAAAGAGAAUCAUCCAGAAUGAUGGCAGGAUCGGAAAAAGAAACUCAAUCAGAUUUGCUUUAAGACGUAUAGAGACUUAUUUUCUUUAUUAAAGUAUUCUUGUAAGAAAACUUAAGUAUUUGUAAGAUGGUUUCCUGUGUCAAGUAUUUGUGCAAUCAGAGCUGACUUGUAAACUAUUCUUGUAAUAUCUCAUUAUUUUGAAAGAUUUAUAUAAUGAACUCUGGCUAUCUGACAAUAAAAUGGAUGAAAAACCAGGA